UUUUGAUUAAUCAAUUGUAAUUCUCAAAUUAGACUAUGUCUAUUUGUGAAAUUUUCACUAAGUAAGGGCGAAAUUGUAAAGAAAGAGUUUAUAGGGGCAUAUUUGUUAAUUAUGAUACUUUGUAUGGUUCAAUUUAAUAAUUAUUUAUAGUUAUUAAAUAGUUAGAAUUGGCAUUUAAAUGGUUGAAUUUGAAAAUUGGCAUUUUUGAGAAAAUCAGAUGCAGAAAAGAUAAAACUACAAAAUUGCAAAAAGUGAGGCCCAAAUUCACUAAGCAUGGCCGGCCACUUUUGUAGAAAAUUUAAACUGAUAUUUUUAUUAUUUUAAUGCCAAAUAAUUCAAACCUAACCCUAGUGGAAUGCUAUAAAUAGAUAGUGAAGGCUUCAGGAAAAUUACACUUCUGAUUCAGAAAAAAAAAACUGAGCCUUCUCUCUCCCUAUCUUUGGCCGACCCUUCUCUUUCUCCUUCCCUCUUCAAUUUCGAAAAUCUUAGUGUGAGAAUAGUGCCCACACACAGCAAGUGAUACCUCAAUCAUAGUGAGGAAGAUCGUGAAGAAAGACUUUCAGCAAGAAGGAGUUUCAGCAUCAAAGAUUCAGAGAAAGAGAUCCAGGUUCAGAUAUUGAUAAUGCUCUGCUACAGAAAGGAAUCAAGGGCUAGAUAUCUGAACGGAAGGAGUCAUAUUAUUCCGCUGCACCCAAUGUAAGGUUUACUAAACUUUAUAUGUGUUUAUUUCAUCGUUUUAGAAAGUUCAUAUUUAGGGUGUUAAUCAACAUACUUGUGAGUAGAUCUAAGAUCCUGGUAAAUAAUUCCAACAGUUAUUUCCAAGAAGCCCAGGAUCAUGGUGCUGAAAUGGAUCACACUACUCAAGUAAGUCUUAUCUUGAAUAGUUUGACUCUAGCAUUUCUACCAUACACAUCAAAUUAUGUCAUGAAUAAGAAGGACAUAGACUUUCAUGAGUUAGUCAAUGAUCUUCAAACUUAUGAAAAUUUUAUUGGAGGACCCAAGAAGAAAGAAAGUAAGCCUCAAAAUUCUGGGAAUGGUAAUGAGACGAUCAAACCUGAAGCAAAUGUUGCCUCUGCUUCAAAUCCCAAAUCGAAGAAGAAGUGGAAGAACACCAAGAAGCGUGCAAAAGCCAUGAAAAAUAAAAAGGUUGCUGCUUCUGGUGAUGCUACACUCAAAGGAAAGUGUUUCUAUUGCAAUGAGAAAGGUCAUUGGAAACCCCAGUGUCCUAAACUUCUUGCAAAGAAACAAGGCCAAGCUACUUGAACUCAGAUGAGUUGGAUCGGAAAGCUGGACCAAGAGUGAAAUCGUCCAGAUGAAGAUGAAGCUCUUCUAUCUAUUUUUUGAAUUAAUUGUUUUAGUUUAAAGACAAUUUGGAUUUCGAAUUUUAGUUAGGGAUUUUUAUCCCUGUUUUUUCUCAUAUUGUUGCAAUACAUUUUUUUAUUAUUAUUAAUAAAGUUUAUAUUAUUUUCGAAUUCAAACCAAUUGCAAUUUAUGAGAUUGAGCUUCAUUUACUUUAUCUUAAACAACAAUUACCACAUUAUAUUUAUAUGUUUGUAUGUGUAGUGUUUUUAUUAUUGAUGCAAAUUCUAUAAUAUUUACAACUCUUCAUAGAGUUAUAUUAAAUAAACACUAAAAAUUAUUUCUAUGUUUAUUA